AUGCUGCUGAAUCUUGGCCUCACAGCGGAUGCCGCAGCAGCCCAUUCUACCGAUCCCUCCUCUCCGCAGCCAGAUACACCUUCAGCUCCCAGUUCUCCUUCCUGCUACACUGCGGGCUUUUUACUCCCAGCUCUACCAUUCCUGGGGAGUCUCUACAACCCCAAACAGAUCGAUGGUCCUGUCCAGGCCGCGGAAUCUGUAUCCGCCCCAGCCAUGAGUCCCGUUGCGGCGACACUUCGCGAAGGCGAGUCCUCUCAAACCCCAACGCCACCACCGCCUCUCGCCCGGCCUCGUGUCAGCUCGUCUACGAAUCGGAAGUCGACACGGCCGAAGACCUCGUACCAGCUCGCCCAUCCAGCUUCGCAUGCCCGCCACAAACGACUCAGACUGCGCCCCAGGCUAUUGCUUCAGCUCCAGCAGGUGUCGCAAACACCGCGUCCUUUACCGAUUCUAGACAUCUUACCAUCCACAAUCUACAAUUCCCUUCUCGCGGGCAAGUUUCCCGCAUUGUUUCGCGGGCGAAAUGGGCUGGGCCCGAAUGACCUGGUCAUCGUCAUGAGUGAAUUAUACGAGCGUACUGUUUCAAGCAUCCCAGAAAAGGCGCCAAAAUUUGAGGCUGAAAAUCAUGAUCACCGAGAAGUGGUAGCUACCAUCUGUCAGAUGCUCCAGGAGGAUGCGCAUCUAAAAGGGAAAGCUGAAAUCUGCCUCAACUUUGGGCCCGUCUGGGAAGCAACCCCGCUACCGAGCGGCUCCUAUGAGUUCGUCGCGCGCACAGAGAAUGGCCUGCGAGUGAUGCGAUGGGCCUUGCGUGCUGGAAAGAGUCGCCGAUCUUCAUCGGUUCACCCGGUCACUCAGUCGCGCGAAGAGGGCAAGCGAUUUACCUUUAGCGUCAUCGACCCCCACACUCGUCGACACCCCGUCAUCGCCUCUAUGACUCGCAAUCAGUUGGAGGUUUUCGAUGAAUAUUCCGCAGAUGUUCGAUCGAAUACUGGACCGACGACCCCCACUUCGGCGAUGUCUGUCAUCAGUGACCUAUCUGACACUGAAACCCCCAUCGAGUCCAACGACCUCAUCACUCUCGACGAUGGUCUGCGCACGCUGAUCAUCACGACUAGUAUCUGGGUUGCCUUUCGAGAAGGCUGGUCCCCCAACUUCAGCUACCGCGACCCUUUGUCUAGCUCCAACGGCAAACCGAUUGUCUCCCCGGUCUCAUCCCGAACUGGCUCGCCAGCUGUCCCAAAGAACGAAAACAAAAAUACCAAUGGACAGGAUGAUUUAAGCCCAAUGAAGGAAGUGACUAACAACGGCAAGCGCUGUAUGUCCGUAUCCAGUUUCCGUCGCCCAGUCACCACAACUCCGGCGGAAGGGGAUAAAUCCUUCGGCAGUCUCUCCAAGCGCUCGAAUUCAACCGGUGCGGCGUUCAUGGAAAGAGCUAAGCAACGGACCGCCUCAGGGAUCACCACCCGACUCAACCGACACAGUAUGUUCACUGCCACAGGCGACAACGGUCGUGAAGUUGUCGUUUCUCGCCCUGCGUCCUUGCGUCAGAGUUCCUUCGAUCCCGAUGACAUUACCCAACGUCCCGAUCAGACCAAAUCCAACCCUCGGGACGCCAACGAAAAUUCCAAGCCAACUCUCCAACCUGACCGAGCCACUGUCGAUCGUCACUCAGCGGCAUUCCCACCGUCAUGGCAGGAUCAUGACAAGGAUAUCGAUUACACAAAAACCAAACGACGCCACCGAUUCAGUUCUCUCUUCACGAUGUUCCACCGAAAAGGAACGGUCCAUUGA